AUGGGCCACACCCAAUUACUUGACGAUGGAUUCGAAAUCGAUCUAUUAACUGAAGAUAAUUACGAUACAUGGAAGAUAAAAGUUGAGGAUUAUUUGACAAAAACUGAUUUGUGGAAGUAUGUCGAUGGGGACUUUUCAUCAAAACCAUUAAGGAACAAAGAAAAUGAUCUAGCGGUGUGGGAGCGAAAAAAUAAUUAUGCUAAAUCUACUAUUACUCUAUUUAUUACCGAAUCAAUACUUAAAAAAGUUCAUUUAGAUCCGAAUUUAUCAGCUAUUUCAAAAAAUCUACUCUAUGAUUUGUUAAAUAGAGAAGAAUACAAAUCUAUAGAUAACGAUAGAGGAACAAAGUACUUGUUUUCAGAACCAUUCAAUCAGAAUGAAAAUAAUUUGUCACAUACAAACGAGGAUAACAGAAAAUAUUUACAAUCGCUACUUAAAGGAGACAAGAAGACAACAUCAGACGAACCUAAAAGACGAUACACUUGUAGUGUUUGCGGUCGAGACGGCCAUAAUAAAAGAACUUGUCAACUAAAAUCAUCUUCUGCUGCCGAAUCAUCAGCUAAUCUAACUACGCCGUCUAAAAGAACAUACAAAUGCGGAGUGUGCGGUGAUGAAGGACAUAAUAAGACAACAUGUCCACAAAAUAGUAGCAAAAGUACUCCUGCGUCCACUUCAACAUCUUCAGAAAUACCCAAGAGGACGUAUACGUGUGGUAACUGUGGAAAAUCAGGGCAUAAUCGAACAACAUGCCCGGAAAAUAAACCUGUAGCGAUUGCUACCUCUACUCCAAAAAGGACUUAUACUUGCGGAAACUGCGGAAAAGAAGGACAUAACAGAACUAGUUGUCCUCAAAAUAUUCCAAUUACUACAUUUUCAUUAAAUUCAACUGGAAGAAAUUAUUCAUGUGGAUUGUGUGGUGGUCAAGGACAUAACAGAACAACUUGUGCACUUAAUAAUGUUUUAUCAUCAAGUACUCGGGGAGUUUCACCAAAUGAGUAUUCCGGAUCAUCAUCAAUCCAACGCCUUUUAUCAUCUUCAUCUGAUAGUGGCGGAAGAAGCUAUUCAUGUGGGCUAUGUGGUGGUCAAGGUCAUAAUAGAAGAACUUGUUCGCUAAAUAAUUCAUCUCCUACUCCAUCAUUUUCAUCCUUCUCACCACGACCAUCAUCAUCGUUAUCUUCAUCUGGUAGCGGCGGAAGAAGCUACUCAUGUGGGCUGUGUGGUGGUCAAGGACAUAACAGAAGAACGUGCUCAUACCGAUAAAAAUAUGGAAAUAUUAUAUUCUUCAGGAUAUAUAUAUAUAUAUUUUACUUGUAGACACAUAUUACAAUUGUGUAAAAUAGUUUUUAAGAUUAUAAAUUUAAGAAUAAUAUCUCGUAAUUUAAUCAACAUAUCUUGGUUAUGGAUAAGGUUUAAAAAAAUAUUAUUUUUAAUUUUUAUUUUUAUUGUCGUAAAAAGAAAAUAAUGAUAAGCUUAAUAAACACCGCACAAGUUUUUUUUAUCGAUAAAUAAAUAAAAUCAGAUAAUACUAGAUUAUAAACUGAUAAAUAAUAAUCAAAUGUAUAAAUGUAAGCGAUUUUUAGCAUUUUUCAAUCAGUUUUUUAAACACAAAAAUAAAUAUUAAGAUUUAAUUAUAUAAUUAUUAUCUUUCCAUAAUGCUUAAAAAAAUUAUUUUUAUAAUGAUUAUUGGAUUAUUAUCAAUAACGAUGAUUUUAGCAGCAACUAAAAAAUGUGCAGUUAUCGGAGAGUUCUGCACUGUUGAAGAAAAUUGCUGCAAACCAUUUCAUUGUCUUGGAUAUAUGAAAAGAUGUGUGACUUGAAUUUAAAGAAAAAAUAAAGUUAUUAAAUCUUGUUAACUAUUAUUGUAAAAAUAUUAUGUAUAAAAUUAAAUAAAAUAAAAUAAAAAAAUAAACAAA